AUGAUUGAUCAGCUGGUGACUGAUUUAAGCACUGCCUUUGCUGUUAAAGACAUGGGAACCCUAUCUUAUUUCCUGGGUGUUGAAGUGUUACACCAAGGUAACAACCUAGUGCUCUCCCAAAGGAAAUACAUAUCAGAUUUGCUAAAUCGCACUAAACUAGAUGGAGUUAAGCCGGUUUGCACUCCACUGGCUGCUAACCUCCAAGUUCAUAGACAAGGAGCUGAGAAGUUUACUGAUCCUACUCUUUACAGAAGUGUUGUGGGGGAUUUGCAAUAUCUGCACAUCACACGGGCUGACAUAGCAGUGGUUGUUAACAAGGCCUGUCAAUUUAUGCAUGAACCAUAUUUGGAGUACUGGGAACUGGUAAAAUGUAUCUUGCGUUACUUGAAGCAGACAAUCGACUACGGCUUGUUCUUCAAACCAGCCUUAAAUUAUUCACUCAAUUCCUAUUCGGAUGUAGAUUGGGCAAGGAAUUUAGAUGAUCGCAGGUCAACUAGUGGCUACUGUAUCUAUUUUGGGGGUAAUCUUAUUUCAUGGAGUGCCAGGAAACAAAAGACUGUUUCAAAGUCCAGCACAGAAUCAGAGUAUCGUGGCAUUGCUAUUGCAACUUCAGAACUUAUCUGGAUUCAGUCUCUGUUACAAGAAUUAGGAAUCCAUACACCUAAACCUUCCUUAUGA